AGCUGGGCUCGUGGCUGGGCUUCACUCUGAUGACGCAGUGUCUGCCCGUGGCCUUCUUCACGCUGGUGGGCUUCAUCCAGAUGACGGUGUGGGCGAAGGGCAAACACCGCAGUUACCUGAAGGAGUUUCGGGACUAUCCCACGCUGCGCUCGCCCAUCCUGCCCUUCGUCCUGUAGGACACGCCCUCUUUUAACCUCCUCUCUCUCUUUUAUACUGCACACGGCCCGCCUCCAUCUCGGAGAACGGACUGAUCCUGCAUAAUAAAGCUCAGAUCCACAACCUCAA